UUCAGGAAGAUGUCACCACCGGCUUUCACCGGAGAAGGGGGGCCACUCUCAGUAGGCGACUGGUUCCUUAGGCUGGAGCGCAUCUUUCGCUUGAUGGCGUGUACCGAGGCCCAGAAGGUGGUCUGUGGGGAAUACAUGCUAGAGGGAGAAGCUGGACAGUGGUGGGAAGACUAUUGGCGCCUGAAGCCAGUAGACAAGCGAGACGCUUUGACUUGGGCGCAGCUCAAGGUGAUCAUCACGGAGAAGUACUAUCCUCGUCAUUUUCGUGACCAGAUGGAGAGAGAGUUUAUGAGCCUUAGUCAGGGGAACCGCAUUGUGGCAGAAUACGAGCGGGAGUUCUCCCGUUUGAGCGCAUUUGCCCGACAUCUAGUGGAUACAGAAGAGAAAAAGGCCACUCGUUUCCUGUAUGGCCUUAAACGAGACCUCCUCAUGCUAAUAGUCGGCCACGGAUAUCUGACCUAUGCCGAGACGAUUGAGAGGGCCCAGCGACUCGAGGUGUGCCAGCAGAUGGGGUCGCAGUCACUCCCCGUUCGGCCCGCUGACAUAGCCCAGCCAUCAAACAAUGCCGGGAAGAGAAAGUGGAAUGAUGAUCGCAAAGGGAAGGGCAAGAAAAAUAGGCAAGACAAUAGACCACCCCAGGCAGCCCAACCAAUCCAGCAGGUACAAGUCGACCGUCCACCGUGUGCUACCUGCGGCAAAGGACACAGGGGAGAGUGCUUAGCUGGCAAGAACAUCUGCUUCAGGUGCAAGAGGCCGGGGCACAUGGCUCAAAAUUGCCUCGAGCACG